AUGGCUGCUCAGGGUUCGCCUGAUUUUGCUAGCCUUUAUGAAUUGAAAGAGGAGCUUGGGCGUGGCGCUUUUUCUGUUGUGAGGCGAUGCAUACAAAUAUCAACAAAUCUCGAAUUCGCUGCCAAAAUAAUUAGUACAAAACGACUCGCUACCCGCGAUAUGCAAAAACUUGAACGUGAGGCUCGCAUUUGUCGACGUCUCAAGCACCCAAAUAUAGUCCGGUUGCAUGACUCAAUUCAAGAUGAAAAUCACCAUUACCUUGUCUUCGAUCUUGUAACAGGUGGAGAACUCUUUGAAGACAUCGUUGCUAGGGAAUACUACAGUGAGGCAGAUGCUAGCAACUGCAUGAAACAGAUUCUUGAGAGCGUCAACUAUUGCCACCAAAAUAAUAUUGUCCAUCGGGAUCUCAAGCCGGAGAACCUGUUACUUGCUAGCAAGACCCGUGGCGCCGCUGUAAAGUUGGCGGAUUUUGGGUUGGCCAUUGAGGUGCAGGGCGACCAGUUCGCCUGGUUCGGUAAGUAUUUCCCUUCAUUAUGGCUUUUUACUUGCUCUGAGCAAUUCGACUGCAUCUCUGUUGGCUAA